AAUGACGGGAGAUAGAGAAGAGAUUUUGGGUCAUUCUGAAAUGCUGGUGCCAGGUCACUGCAGCACAGCCCCCAUUUAAUUUAAUGGAACUAAGAUUUGACAGCAGUGGAUAGACCAUAAAUGUAAAUGUCCCAGAAAACCACUGGAAAAUCUCUUUAAUAUAUAUGAUAACUGCCUCUUCAAUGUUCAGCAUCUGCCACCCAGGAGGAGCCGGAGAAGACGGAGGACCAGCCAAAGGAGGAGGAGACAGACGGCGAGCCCAAGAAGAAGAGGGAGCAGACGGACAACAACCGCAGGGAGACCAAUGAUGACGCCAUCCUACAGCCGGAGGAACGGGCCGCUUUUUACAGACUCCUGGUAUCUCCUGGCCAUGGUCCUCAUCUACUUCCGAAGAGCCAACCUGCGUACGGAGGAAUAUAACACCUACUUCUUUCCAGCGCUGUUUCUUGCCAACCAGUUUGAAGAGGAUGAGAUGUUUCGACGCGAGAUCUACCCCUGGGCCCUUGGACCGAUGUGGACGGCGAUGAAGACAUGCAUGCUACACCUGCGGAACCUGCUGCUCCUCCGGAUGAGAUUCCACGCUUGGGUGACCAGAGACACCUGUGAUCGGAUCAUGGCACAAGACCCCGAGUACUGGGCAUGGAAGAGAGAGCGGAAGGAACAUCACGGCUGGGCCAUACGCUGGUACCGGAGGGAUCCUGGAGAAUACGUCCCGAGAGGCCCAUGGUGGAUCCCUCCCGCCUGCUCCAUCUGUCUCACCGAUCUGAAGCCUUGUGCCGGGGAAGAAAACACCAAGCGAAGAAGGACGAAGAAAGAAGAACAGAACGGAUGAAGACCAAGCCGCCCUAGAUGUAUUCUUAAGGUCACGUUCCCACUUGGCAUAUACGUAGCGUAUUUGACG